AUGGCAAGCGAUUUAGCAAAUAAGAUUGAUCCUCAAAAUGAUCGGCUCAAAAUUAACAAUUAUUUACAAGUCGAAGAAUAUACAAAUAUUUUUGCUGUUGGUGAUAUCCCCAACAAGGAAGAUAAAAUGGCAUAUUUUGCUGGAAAUCAAGCGGAAUAUGUCAUAUCUUUAAUUCGAAUUAUCGAAGAAAAAAAGCUCCAUUCUAAACAAUAUCAAGCUAGUCAAUAUCCGAGUAUGCUUGUGACAGUCGGAAGAAAGAGUGGAGUAAGUCAAUUACUAACGGAAGGCGGAUUUAUUAUUGGAGACGCAUUGGCAAAGUUUUUAAAAUCAAAAGAAUUUAUGAAAGCAUCCACACGAUCGAUGUCGAAUUAUAAAACUCAAUCAUCAGAUGAAGUUCACCAAAGGAAUACAUGA